AUGACUCUUCUCAGCAUGACAUUCUCACAUCGUUAUUUCAAUCAGACAGCAGAAAAUGGAAUUGUCAUUAAGCAACCUUCCAAACCUAUUUUAUUUGCGAACAACGAGUAUUUCUGGGAUAACGAGUACUACAACGCGGGAGUUGCUCAUUCUUUAAUUUGUUCUUUUCAUAUUUCCUAUUAUCAUAAGGAAUUGCGGAAGAUAAAAUAUGAAAAUAAAAAGCGCCCAUCAAAUAUAACAUUUGGAUGUCAAUGGUAUCACGAGUGUUGCGAUUUAGGAUGUUGUACAAAUCAUGUUUUUUAAGUCCUUAUUAAUAUACUUCUCUACACUGGAAUUGGAAUCAUGUUAAUAAUCUUCUGUGUUCAAUUACCCAAAAAACCAGACAACGCACGUAGAAUGCAACGAUCCAGUGGAGAACUGUGGCAUACAGUUCCUUAUCAUCGAGAUACGGUUCAGAGAUCUAUUUCAAGUUAUGUUCUUCAAGAGUUGGCAAGCAGACAAGGACCUCCAAAAUAUGACGAUUUGUAUCCAAAUGGAAGAUCUCAGGCUCAAAAUUUAAGUCAUCAUUCAGCGUCCAUAUUGCAAAGAAUAGAAGAACAAGAAGUCAUUGAUCUAGUUUAA